ACCACUUUUUUAUUUUUUUUUUAUGAAAGAUCUGAAUUCAAUUUUCAACUAAACCUGCCUUCAUCCCAGUAUCCCACAAGGCUACAACUAAAAAAAAAUAAAAAUUCAAGAGUAUCAAACUAUCAAUGGAGUUCACAAACAAGAGAGGAGAGAGAAAGUCAUCGUCUUCCAUCAACGAAGUUUAGGUGAAGCUUUUCUUCUUGUUAUCCAUUCAUCGAUCUCCACAAACACAAUUUUUCUCCCUCAAAUCUUUUUUAUUAAAAAAAAACAGUGAAGAGAAGCGCUGAAUAAGAAGAGAUCCUAAGAUCGAAGGAACGAAGAUGUUGCCGACAUCGUCGAAAGGACGCACACCGUCCACUUCGCGGCAACCUAAUCCUGUUUUCCCUCAUUAUCUCCGUCGAAUUAUCAAGUGGCAACAAAUGGAUAUUGAAUAUACUUUCUGGCAAAUGCUUCACCUGUGUACCUCACCAAAAGUAGUUUAUCAACACACAAAGUACCACAAACAAACCAAGAAUCAAUGGGCACGUGAUGAUCCUGCUUUUGUUGUUAUAUGCAUCCUUCUCUUAGCAGUUACAACUUUGGCAUAUUGCGUUGCGUAUGAUCAUAGCACAGGACAUGCUGUUUACGUAGUUCUUUCAGUAUUGCUUUUCCAUUUCAUCAUAACAGGAGCAAUGCUGGCAACUUCUUGUUGGUUUCUGACAAAUAACUACCUCAGAGAAGAGGCUCCAAAUAGUUAUGUGGUUGAACAACGAGUGGAAUGGUUGUAUGCAUUUGAUGUGCACUGCAAUUCUUUCUUCCCAAUGUUUGUUCUACUAUACGUGAUACAUUACUUUUUGUCACCACUUCUUCUGGCGCAUGGAUUUAUACCUGUUCUGUUAUCAAACUUGCUUUUCAUGGUUUCCGUCUCGUACUACCAUUAUCUCAACUUUUUAGGUUACGAUGUGCUGCCUUUUCUGGAGAGGACGACCUUUUUCCUCUAUCCUAUUGGCAUUGUUAUAAUCCUUUGUCCUAUUUUUAUUCUUAGUGGCUUCAAUCCUUCAAGAUAUGUAUUGAACAUCUACUUCAGUACCCGAGUAUAAUUUUGAAGGUGAACUAUCCAAAUUUUAUGCACAACCCGAAAAAUGAUACAUGGCAGUUGACACCCAUUUAGGACACCGGUGCUAUGAACGUUCCAUUGAAAUAUGAAGGAAUUUUCAAGUGGUUAUUUGCAACUUUUACGACAUAUAUAAGGUCUCGUUCUCCGACUACUCCCUCGAUGUAGUUACCUUUUUUUUAAAGCAAGGGAAGGAAAUAGGAUGCAGAAUGCAGAGGGAAGAUAUUGUUAACUAUUGGAUCUAUGUUGUGCAAUGCUAAUUGUAAUGGUUUCCCCCCAUUCUUUUGACCACUCUGCUGUUCGUUUAGUCCAGUUGUUGAAUGAGUGAUGUAAACUUGGAAAUAUGACGGCAAAUAGAGCUUUA